AUGACUCCAUGUGCUAAACUGUUGUCAGGAAUUGUCAAUAAUAAGGAUGGCAAACCAGAUCCUAGUGUUCUUGCAGUAUUCCAUGAUUAUAUCAAGCUAAUGCCUUUGGUUGCAGAAGCAAAUCAGAUGAGUGAGGAGUUGAAAAAGGAGCUCAGGUUGGAAUUGAAAGUGAAAAAUCUAGCAUCAUCUGACUCCAGAGGUUAUGAUCUGCAAAAGGAAGUAAUAGUAAAAGUGACUAACAAAAUGACUAACCAGAAGCCGACAGAGAGCUCUGAGACCGGUUAUUUAGCUAGACUGGAACUUGUGGCUGCGUUUGCAAGUGCUAAUAUAGCACUGGAAAAACUUGAUCUCCCAAAGCUGUAUGAGUUCAUUCAACAGAAUGCUGAAGAUGUACAGAUAGGAAAACUAACAGUGCCCACCGACUGCAUCUAUUUGGAUGCUGUUGACACUACAGUUUCUCAAGCGGUGUGGGUGUGGUCUAAGGCCAAGUUCAUCAACAGGAAAUUCCUAAUGGAGGAGAUUUACCAGCAUUUUUUAGAUGGAGAGGAUGUGUAUGUGGGCCAAGACCAUGACCCAUUCUGGGAUCCUGUUGAGGUCAUUCAUUUAGGAUCUGCUCACAUUUGGCUUCAGUCACUUGCUUACUGCAUGAAGCUGGAAGAACAAACAGAAGUUCUGAACUCUGAAGGAAUGGAGGAAGCUAUUCUACUUAUAAAUAUAGCUCCGUGUUCCCGUGAUGGAAGAGCCUUUGGAGAGGAUGAUAUGGUCAUUGACCCUUUGGAAUUGCUGGGAAGAAGAAUUGAUUUCCAGAUUCACAUCUUACAGUGCCUUGGAGUCAAAUGGCUUAGAGAAGUCACCGAACGGGGCAUUCAGAUAGGGUACAGAGUUUAUGAUCUUCCACACUCUCUAUACACAAAACCUGUCUGGAAAAACAUGAAUGCUAAGAUUGAAGAGACAGUCCACUUCUCAGCCCUAAAUGCAUCCCACGAAUUUUUAAAUUAUUUACAAAAAAAUGCUUUAAUUGUUGACUUGUGGGGGCUUCAAGAGGGGUGCGCUGAAUUGGACUACUCCCUACAAGACAUGGUCACAAAUGAGGGCGCCAUUAUAGUUGAUAAUCCAAAAACUGUGAUUGCAAAGGAUAUUGGUCUGAGCACAACUAAUCAGAUAUCUGAUCUUUACCUGAAGCUGCUGAAGUUGGAAGAGGAGACUGAGCUUCUCCGAGAUAUUAACAGAGCUUUAAGGGAAGAAAAUGUAUUUCUUAAAGAUAAACUGAAGAAAUGGGAGCCAGGACACCAUGAAAGUAAGAAAUUAAGGUCCCCUAAUAAAAGGGCAAUUAAGAUGAUCAAACAGCCUCUCUCAUCAAAGGAAGCUGACCAGAUGUGCAACCAUCGGACCAGCUAUGAUGCUGAUUUUGCUAAAGCUCUUAAGGUCUUCUACCAAAACAUGAACAUAGUGAGAGGGCAAUUCCUGAAGCUGAAGCACAGCAAACCCCCCGAAGAAGAUAACCUACAAAUGCUACAUCUUUUUACAGAGAGACAGUCACAUAUGUUAAAGGAUUUUGGGGAGCAGCUUGAAUCUAGCAUAUGCAGAUUGAAAAAUGAUGUUGCCCUUAUAGUUAAAAAGAAGAGAGAAAGCAUGGCUUAA